CUAAUUGAUUUUAGUUUCGUUAAGAGACAUUCCUUUGAGAACAUGGUUAAUAUCAGCGACUUAUUAGGAGGUCCCAAGGCAACGAAAAAGCAACCCUUGAAACCUCCACAAGCGAAGCAAACUAAACGUACUAGUAGUACAGUUAACGCUGAAGAUAAACCAGAGAUUAAGAAGCCAAAGAAUUCAGAUUCUGAUAAAGUAGCAAGUGAAUACUUCCAACUGAAAUCUGCAAAGCCAACUCGUAGAAGUACGGCCAAGAAGACUACUUAUGUAGUUGAAUCCGAUGAUGGUGAUAGUGAAGAUGAAUUCAAACCUACAGAUGUAAUUGACAUUGAUGAUGAUGUGGAAUUUUCAGACGAUGAAAUGUUGGAUGUGAAGGCAGAAGUAGAAGAUAUGAAAGAUGAUUCAAUUAUUGAAAUUGAAGAACCUUCAAUUGUUGAAAAGAAAAGAGCCACCACUCCAGUACCGAAGCCAAAACCAAGUCCUAAGAAGAAGCCAGCUGCAAAGCCAGUAGUUGCUAGUACCAAUACUAAUUCAGGAAGUUCAGGGUCGAAAUCUGCAGAAGAAGUCUUGGCUACAAUCCCAGAUGCUGAUUUACCAGAUCAAGAUCCAGAAGAGGCUAAGAAGGGAUUCAACUUUUUCAAGAAAGCCGGUGCAGCUAAUGCUGGAGGACAGUCUAGUGAAGCUCCUAGUAUUCCAGAGGCCGCACCAAAUUGUCUUUCUGGUUUAACAAUUGUAUUUACAGGGGUACUUCCUACUUUAGAUCGUGAUGCCUCUGAAAAUAUGGCCAAGAAGUAUGGGGCCAAAGUUACCAAGGCAAUUCUGGGUAAGACUAGCUUGGUAGUCAUAGGCGAUGAAGCAGGGCCAUCCAAGGUUGCCAAGAUCAAAAAAUUGAACAUUAAAGCCAUAAAUGAAGAAGGAUUCAUCCAAUUACUUACAAGCAUGCCAGCUGAAGGUGGAGAUGGUGAAGCAGCAUUGAAGGCAAAGGAAAAGAGAGAAGAAGAAGAAAGAAAGGUUCAAGAAGAAGUUGAAGCUGAAGAAGCAAGAGAAAGAGCCAAAGAAAAGGCCAGACAACAAGAAGAAGCCAGCAGAGCAAGAAGUGCUGCGUCUAGUACAUCUUCGAGUCAAAGAGCUGCAUCUCCAAAACGGGAGAUUCCAGAUAGUGAAAAAUUAUGGACCGUUAAAUAUGCACCAAGAGAAUUAUCACAAUUAUGUGGUAAUAAGGGACAAGUUAACAAAUUAAGAUCCUGGCUUAGUGCUUGGUUUGAACAUUCCAAACAUGAUUUUAAAAAUCCAGGGAGUGAUGGAUCCGGAAUUUUCCGUGCUUGUUUAAUCAGUGGACCUCCAGGAAUUGGUAAAACUUCAGCAGCUCAUUUGGUUGCGAAAAGUUUAGGAUUUGAUGUUCUUGAAAAAAAUGCAUCUGAUGUAAGAUCCAAGUCUCUAUUGAAUGCUAGCAUCAAGUCAGUCUUAAACAAUACUUCAGUUGUUGGAUUCUUUAAACACAGAGGCGACAAGGAGCACAGCGUUAAUGAAAAGAAGUUUUGUUUGAUAAUGGAUGAAGUUGAUGGUAUGUCUAGUGGUGAUCAUGGUGGUGCAGGUGCAUUAUCCGCAUUCUGUAGAAUAACUAAGAUGCCAAUUAUCUUGAUCUGUAAUGAUAAAUCAUUACCUAAGAUGAGAAUAUUUGAUAGAAUUACCCUUGAUUUACCAUUUAGAAGACCAUCAGAAAAUGAAGUUAAGGCGAGAUUAAUGACUAUUGCUCUUCGUGAAAAGGUUAAACUUGAUCCUUCGGUGAUUGGACAAUUGGUUGGAGCAACCAAUAACGAUAUCCGUCAAAUGAUUAAUCUUAUUUCAACAGUUUCUAAAACUCAAAAAGUAAUUGGGCAUGAUCAAACAAAAGAUAUUUCUGAAUCUUGGAAAAAGGAAACUAUUCUUAAACCUUUUGAUAUUGCUGGCAAGUUAUUAAAUGGACAAAUCUAUAGUCCAUUGGCAAAGCAUUCACUUAACGAUAAGAUUAAUUUGUAUUUCAAUGAUAUUGAUUUCACUCCAUUAAUGAUUCAAGAAAACUAUAUAUGUACCAGACCAUCAAAUUGUACAUCAACUUUUGAACAUUUAGAAAGAGUUGCCAAUGCAGCUGAUGAUAUUUCACAAUCAGAUCACAUUAAUUCGUUAAUUAGAUCAAGUGAACAACAAUGGAGUUUAUUACCAUUCCAUGCAGUCAUGUCAUCCAUUAAGCCAUCCCUGGAAAUCGCUGGAUCCGUCACUCAAAGAAUUAAUUUUUCUGCUUGGUUAGGACAAAAUUCCAAAACUAUGAAAUUUGAAAGAUUAUUACAAGAGUUGCAAUAUCAUACCAGAUUAAGAACAUUUACUGAUAAAACCGAACUUCGUUUGGAUUAUAUGCCAUUGCUUAUCAAGACACUUACUGAUCCGAUUGUUAAAGAACAAGAAUUGGGUAUUGAUAAGGUGAUUGAUAUUAUGGACCAUUACUAUCUUACAAAGGAAGAUUGGGAUGCAAUUUGUGAGUUUGGUAUUGGACCAUCCAAGAGUGACACAUAUAUGAAGAAAAUUACUACAAAGACUAAAACUGCAUUUACAAGAAAAUACAAUUCAAGGGCACAUCCAACUGCCAUAUAUAAAACUGGUAACUCUGUUGGAAAUACUAGAACUAAGCAAAAAGUUGAUUUUGAAGAUGUAAUCGAAGAUGACACGAAUGAUAAAGAUGAAGAUGAAGAGGAAAAUGGAAGUGAUGAUAAGAUUGAUGCUAAAAAGGACAAAUUGAUUAAACAAGUAAAGACCAAAAGUAAGGCUGCACCAAAGAAGGCUACAAAGAAAAAGACAACGAAGUAA